AUGUUGCUAAGCCCUAGCAACGGAGCCGAAUCUCAUUGCCGGAACCUGAAACUGAAGAUCGACGAUGCCGACCCUAGAAAGUUCUUCCUAUGCUCCAAGGAAUGCACAGCCUCCAAGUUUAGGCUUUUGAGCUAUUAUAAAGGCGCUGUUUGUGAGUGUGGAAAAGCCAUGAGCAAUGAAGUUUCUCUCUUUCAGAAGGAGUUGGAAAAUUCCCCUUCCGAUGCUCAAGAUGGCGGAGUGUUUGUCAAAGUAAUACACAGAUAUCUGAUCAGUGAUGACUUAGAAGUUAUGCCCUUGUGUAUUGCGGCGACCAUUUCUUUGUUGUCGAAGUAUGGUGUCACUCAUUGGAGUACUAUUGAGGAAAGAACAUUCAAUUUGGGAGCAGAUGAGGUUUUGAAUUUACUUUUGUGCUCGUUGGUAUCAAUAUCGCCUUUGACAUAUAGUCUUCUGAAGCAUUUGAACUGUGUUCACUAUUUCCCAAGAAGAGCAUUUGGGUCUCAAACGAUAGAGGUGAUGGAUCAGGAGCAGAAAAUUAAUGUCAAGCUUUUUGUUAGCAAGUCUAAGAGGAGGGUUAUCUGUGCUGUGAAGCAAAGAAAGACGUCGUUGAUUUACUCUACAGUGUCCUAA